AUGUUUAGAAGAGGACAUAGGGCGCGCUACAUCCGGGUGAUCCUGAAGGGGUCGUGGAAGAGAGUUCCUAUGAAACUGCUUAAGUGGGGAAGAAAGAUGCCCUCAAAGAAGGAAUACGAUUUGGUGCCUGAGGAUGAGUACGAUACGAGAAUCCCGCUUCACCCCGAGGAGGCAUUCCAAUAUGGAAUUUCGUUCCGAGCUAAGUACAUUGGAACUAUGGACGUGCCGCGGCCGACGAGCCGAGUUGAAAUAGUUGCUGCUAUGCGUCGCGUUCGCUACGAGUUCAAGGCGCGGGGUGUGAAGAAACGUAAAGUUACUGUUGACGUGUCAAUAGAUGGCGUCCGCAUCACCACGACCAACGUUAAGCCUAAGAGACCGCGAUUCUUUUCUCGCAAGAAGAAGAAGGCACCGGAACGCAUAGAGAUAAUGCAUCACCCGAUCUACCGUAUCUUCUACGUUUCGCACGAUAGUUCUGAUCUUAAGAUAUUUUCGUACAUCGCAAGAGAUGGCGCCACUAACGUUUUUAAAUGUAACGUUUUCAAGAGCAGCAAAAAGAUGUCAAAUAAGGAACGCGAUAAACAUAGGCGGCAUGAUAUCAAGAGUCUGCCGACAGAAGUUUUGCUAAAAGCUCGAAGCACGCUGGUAUCUCUUGGAGGUGCUUUAAAAUCUAAACACAACUCACCGCAUUCGAAACAGAAGCAAGUUUCUAAAGAAAAGUUAAAUCAUGAAAGAUUAAAGAGCUGCAGAUCUGAACCGGAGUUUAGCGAAAUGCGUAAACCUAAACACAGAAGCCGGAUUGAUGAACCACCACGCGAAUAUGAUAGCAGACUUGGCCUACGAUCUAGACCACUGUCUAUGGGUGCUAUGAAACGCUAUGAAAAUGACUUAGAUUUUCACAGUGGAAAUUUCCCAAAAGAUUUAACACAAUUUGAAUCUAUUGACGAUAUAUCUCGUCCCAUGAUUCCAAGUAUGGAAAGGCUCAACCAGGAGAUUAAUAUGCAAGAAAUGUCUGAACGGCCGCGAAAAAAAUUAUCCUUUCGUGAACCUGAAAUAGUUGGUAGCGCUACUUUAGGGCGUUCUAGUAAACUUAUGGCUGUGAAUAACCUCUCUAGAAGACCGAAUAGAUUAUCACUGAGAACGGAUGCGCAUUCAAGUUUAGAUGGAUUGGACUUCGAUUUAGAGAAUCAGGCUAUGAAGAUCGUCCGCACUGUAGGUCAGGCCUUUGAAGUCUGUCACAAGAUGCAGAAAAAUACACCGGACAACCCUGUGCCAUCAACAUCUGCAUCUGACGUUGUCAAUGAACCGGCGCCCAAAGAAUCUGUCUCGGAGUGUGGCGCUUCAGAGUCUGUUGCAUCUACAUCGAAAGCUGCUGAUGACCCGAAGACUAAACCCACGAGACCCAAGAAUCUCGAUUUGUUACCACCACCGCCAAAGAAAGAUGGGAAACGAGUAAACCAGCAGAUCUCUAUUCCCAGCAUCAAUUUGCCAGACCUGCCGGAGUGCGUCACCAAAGUGGACGUGAUUGUGCCAGAAGGAGAUGCAGCAACACCGCUUAGCUCUCAACAUCAAGUGAAACUAUUGCGGGAGCGUCUGGAACAACAGUCACAACAAACCCAAGCAGCUGUUGCGCAAUUGCUGCUUUUGCGCGAUCAGCUCGCUGCAGAGCAAGCGGCUCGCUGUGAGGCUCAGGCCCGUACCCAUCAAUUAUUGGUACAUAACAAAGAACUUCUUGAACAUAUUGCUGCUCUUGUCUCUCAUUUACAAGAGAAAGAGAAGGGAAACAGCCGGCCAAUUAGUGCUCAACAAUUGACGCUCUUACCACAGACAAAUUCCGGCAGUAAUGAUGGGAAGAAAACUGAAAAUAUAAACAACUGUAAUGGAAAUUACGAACCAAUCAAUACCAAUGCUCUGAUCAGCUUAAUCGCUAAAAAUUACAACAUAACACAGAAUGUCGAAAAUAAUAACAUAAAUAUCUCAACUUUACCCGGAAGUUCAUCUACUACUGCUAAGCAAGAUGGCUCCAGCUCAUCUAUAAACUUCGAGAACAUGACAAACGAACAAAUUCAAGGGUACUUGAUAUCAAAAUUUCAAGACAUGAACGUAACGAAUGGGUCAGAGAGCAAAGAGUUCUUCCAGAAUUCCAAAGCUUUUCCGGAUAUUCCACCGUUGAAGAAUUUCAGCAGUUCUGACUUGGUAAAACUGCUAAGUAAUCAGAAUUACGUGGAAAACAAUAACCCUGAUAAUGACCUCAAUGCUCUCGUUCAGGCUAUGAGCUUAGCCGAAUCACAGAAUUCGCUUUAUAGCAGUACUCAAACUUCUUCGUCGAAUUCUUCCCCUGAUGAUGUAAGCUCUGAUGAUGGAGCUUCGUUUAUAAUGCCAUUAUCUCACAAUGGUACUUUAGCUGCAACUGGAAACGACGGCCGAUUAAGGUUGAUAGUACCCGUUAGUCCUUCUGAAAGUAUUUCAAAGGUGGAUGAGCUUCAAGCUAAAGAUGAUGGAAAUGUGACAUCAGGAAUGACAUUGACGGUACCAGGUACUACUUCCACGCUUGCUCCGCCAGCACCGAUCACUCGUUCUACCAGCGAAAAAGUACCAAAUCGUAGCGAACUGAUGUCGGCCUUGCGAGCACAAUGGACUAGGCAUACGACAAAGUAG